AUGGCGGCGCAAGCGCUGGCGCUGCUGAGGGAGGUGGCACGGCUGGAAGCGCCGCUCGAGGAGCUGCGCGCGCUGCAGUCGGUGCUGCAGGCCGUGCCGCUCAGCGAGCUGCGAGAGCGAGCGGCGGAGCUGCGUCUCGGCCCGCUUUUCUCGCUGCUCAAUGAGAACCAUCGGGAACAGACUACUCUGUGUGUGUCCAUUCUGGAGAGAUUGCUCCAAGCUGUGGAGCCAGUUCAUGUGGCCCGGAACCUCAAGGUUGACCUGCAGAGGGGACUGACUCACCCUGAUGAUUCUGUAAAAAUCCUUACUCUGUCUCAGGUAGGAAGAAUUGUUGAAAAUUCUGAUGCUGUUACUGAGAUUCUAAAUAAUGCUGAAUUACUACAACAAAUCAUUUAUUGCAUUGGUGGAGAGAAUCUGUCUGUAGCUAAAGCGGCCAUCAAAUCCCUGUCAAGAAUAUCACUAACCCAAGCUGGACUGGAGGCUUUAUUUGAAAGUAAUCUGCUGGAUGAUUUGAAAAGUGUUAUGAAAACAAAUGACAUUGUUCGAUACAGAGUGUAUGAGCUAAUUGUGGAGAUUUCUUCUGUGUCACCAGAAUCUUUGAACUACUGUACCACAAGUGGAUUGGUAACCCAGCUCCUGAGAGAGUUGACUGGUGAGGAUGUGUUGGUCAGAGCCACCUGUAUAGAAAUGGUGACAUCACUGGCAUAUACCCAUCAUGGACGACAGUACCUUGCUCAAGAAGGAGUAAUUGACCAGAUUUCUAAUAUAAUUGUUGGGGCAGAUUCAGACCCUUUCUCCAGCUUUUAUUUGCCAGGAUUUGUGAAGUUUUUUGGAAACCUGGCUAUCAUGGAUAGUCCUCAACAGAUCUGUGAGCGUUAUCCUGUCUUUGUGGAAAAAGUCUUUGAAAUGACAGAAAGUCAGGACCCCACCAUGAUUGGCGUAGCAGUAGACACAAUUGGAAUUCUAGGAUCCAAUGUUGAAGGAAAACAAGUUUUACAGAAAACAGGAACUCGCUUUGAACGCUUGCUCAUGAGAAUAGGACAUCAAGCAAAGAAUGCCUCCACAGAGCUAAAAAUUAGAUGUUUGGACGCAAUUUCAUCUCUUCUGUAUUACCAGUAACCAGAGCAGCAAACUGAUGACCUCUUGAGGAUGACAGAGUCCUGGUUUUCCUUGUUGUCUCGAGACUCGCUGGAACUCUUUCGUGGCAUCAGUAAUCAGCCCUUUCCUGAACUACACUGUGCUGCCUUAAAAGUGUUUACAGCCAUUGCAAACCAACCCUGGGCUCAGAAACUUAUGUUUAACAGUCCCGGUUUUGUAGAAUAUGUGAUGGACCGGUCGGUGGAGCAUGACAAAACUUCAAAGGAUGCCAAAUAUGAACUGGUGAAAGCACUCGCCAACUCCAAAACAAUUGCAGAGAUCUUUGGGAACCCAAAUUAUUUGAGGCUUAGAACUUACCUGAGCGAAGGUCCAUACUAUGUGAAGCCUGUGUCCACGACAGCAGUAGAAGGAGCUGAAUGAUUUCUUCUAGAGUCUAAUAUAGAGGACCAUGUUUUGACCAGAACUUCUAAAGCAUUUGACUCAAUCUGUAUUUUACAAAACAGAGAUUUCCCUUUCCCCAGAGUUAUCAUGGAGUGUUUAAUAUAACUUGAUUACCAACAUUGUUAAAUUUCUACAUUGAAAUACAAAGUGGAACCAGGAGCUUGGACUACGUUAAGGCAGGCAGACUUGAUAAUAGAACCAGUGUUUUUCAGAUUCCUUUGUUGUAAUAGAACCAGUGUUUUUCAGAUUCCUUUGUUGUAAUAGAACCAGUGUUUUUCAGAUUCCUUUGUUGUAAUAGAACCA